GGUUAUGAAUAACAUAUGAAGCCACCCAGAAUAGCCUUGUAUACUGAUCAAGUUAAUUAUAUCUGAUAGGCUGCCAUGGAGGUUUCACAAGUUCUUCACAUGAAUGGAGGAGAAGGGGAAAUGAGCUACUACAAUAACUCAUUCAUUCAAAAGAAAGGCAUAUUGAUAGCAAAGCCAAUAUUAGAAGAAAGCAUAGCAGAGCUAUGUAGACAAAGCUUGCCAGAGUGUAUAACAAUGGCAGAAAUGGGAUGUUCUUCAGGACCAAAUGCACUAUUGCCACUUUGGGAAGUUAUAGAAACAAUAGACUCUACUUGUAAACAAUUGAAUAAAAAAUCACCCAUUAUGCAGGUUUUCUUAAACGAUCGUCCAGGGAAUGAUUUUAACACCAUCUUCAGGUCUAUUGUGCCCAUUUUUGAACAGAAACUGAAGAAAGAAAAAGGAAGCAAGUUUGAGCAUUGUUUUAUAGCAGCAAUGGCAGGCAAUUUCUACGGAAGGCUAUUUCCACCACAUUCUUUGCACUUUGUUCACUCUUCUUACAGCCUUCAUUGGUGUUCUCAGGUACCUGAAGGGCUUGUCAAUGAAAGUGGUAUUCCAUUGAACAAAGGCAAUAUUUGCAUGGCAAAAACAAGCCCUCCAAGUGUGCAAGAAGCAUAUAUGUACCAAUUUGUAACGGACUUUACAGCAUUUUUAAGGUCACGUGCGGUAGAGAUGGUUGCAGGAGGUGGUAUGGUCCUCCCGUUCCUUGGAAAGAGUAACAAGAAUCCUUCUUACAGAUAUGGUUGUGAACUUUUGCAAAUAAUUGGAACGUUACUCUAUCACAUGGCUAAAGAAGGACUAAUUAAAGAAGCAGCAUUAGAUUCAUUCAAUGUUCCAGUUUAUGCUCCUUCUAUAGAAGAAGUGAGGCAUGUGACUGAAACGGAAAGUUCCUUCACCAUUAAAAGACUGGAAGAAUUCGAGCUAAGUUGGGAUGCUAAUAUUGAAGAUGGAAACAGUGAUUUGGUAUUUGAUAAAUGGGAGAGAGGGAAGUUCGUAGCGAACAAAAUGAGAGCCAUAGUAGAACCCAUUCUAGUAAAUCAUUUGGGAGAUGAAUUAAUUAUGGAUAAUUUAUUUAACAGAUUAUCUUUCAAAUUGGCUGAUUAUUUAGAAAAGGGAAUUGGUUUGUAUAAUAAUUUAGUCAUUUCCGUGACAAGGAAAUGAAAAAAGUUUGAUUAUUUUAUCGUUUUCGCAAUUUUCAAUUCACCAUUUUUUUCGUCUGUGUUCAUUUCUAGGAACUCUAGCUUUCAUGUCUUCUAUUUCAAAUUGCUUCUUUAGAUAAUGUUUCUAAUUCUUGAAAUUGGUUGCUUCAUGUCUAUGUUAUUUGGCGAAUUUUAUUGUCUUUCAA